UAAGAGGAACAUAGACACUUGUAGUUGUGAGACUUGUUCGUUUUAUAAUCACUAUGCGAGUGUUGAUCAAAUCCCACGAACCCAAAAAAUCCAUGUCCCAUUUCUGACACUUUGACUCUUGGGAAGUUGAAGACUUUGUCAUGCCCAUAUCAAUCUAGGACACGCACAAUCCGGGCCAGCUUUCACGGAAGUGCUUGUCUUUAUUUAUCUGGAGAAAAAAAGAACAAAAAUUGAUGCAAUUAUUGGAAGCUGUGGUGGAUUAAAGUCGAUUGUUCAAGCAUUUUGACCCAAAAUCUCAUCUGGGCAUUUCAGAUUUUGCUCAUUUGGGGCUGUUUGUUUCUGGGUGAAGUGUUUUGGUUCAAAAUCUCAUCUGGGUAUUUGAGUUUUUGGUGAAUCAUGUGGAGAACAUUGUCAAGUUAAAUGCUUUUGUAGGCUUCACAGCUGAGAAAAUAAAGGGAUAUUGGCAUUUGAGGAAAGCAAAACAAGUGGAGAAACGAUUAUGAUAUUGAUCCCAAUUUGAAGAGCCAAACAUUGACAUUUCAGGAAGAAACAAUGUCUCCUGGAGGCCGUUUCUGCGAGGAUGUGGCUGACACUCAUAUUACAUUGGCCGAUUCUGAUGCAGCAACUUCGUUUGCUGAUCUAAGGACUUCCCCCUUUAGAAAAGCUCUUCCUGGUUUAAAUGGAAAUGCAGGCAUGCCAUCAAACAAGAAUGUGCAUGACCUACUCGAGUGCCCCGUUUGCAUGAAUUUAAUGUGUCCUCCAAUUCACCAGUGUCCAAAUGGCCAUACUUUAUGCUCGAGCUGUAAGACUAGAGUGCAGAACUGUUGCCCCACUUGUCGUAAUGAGCUUGGAAAUAUAAGGUGCUUGGCACUGGAGAAAGUAGCAGAGUCCCUGGAUCUUCCUUGUAGAUAUCAAAUUUAUGGUUGCCCUGAUAUAUUCCCUUACUACAGCAAGCUAAAGCAUGAGAAAGUCUGUAAAUAUCGUCCUUACAACUGCCCUUAUGCUGGAGCUGAAUGUUCUGUUACUGGAGAUAUCCUAUUCCUUAUGAUGCAUCUUAAAAAUGAUCACAAGGUUGACAUGCAUGAUGGAUCUACUUUCAACCAUAGAUAUGUUAAGUCCAAUCCCCAAGAAGUUGAAAAUGCUACGUGGAUGUUAACCAUCUUUAACUGUUUUGGUCGUCAGUUCUGUUUGCAUUUUGAGGCAUUCCACAUUGGAACAGCACCUGUAUACAUGGCCUUCCUUAGAUUCAUGGGUGAUGACGAUGAGGCCAAGCAAUUCACUUACAGUCUCGAAGUUGGUGGCGGUGGCAGAAAGCUGACUUGGCAAGGAAUUCCGAGGAGUAUUCGCGAUAGCCACCGAAAGGUUCGUGACAGUCAAGAUGGACUGAUCAUUCAGAGGAACUUGGCACUCUUCUUCUCAGGUGGUAGUAGGCAGGAGCUGAAGCUGAAAGUGGCGGGCCGUAUAUGGAAAGAACACUGAGAUGUAUAAUUAAAACUAAAACUUGUUCAAAGAUAUUGUAACCUUUUGGCUGUGAAAAAUAAAAAGAUGGGAAGGAAAUUCAGGCCUC